AUGCGUAACGCAUGUGACGCGUGUCGCCUACGCAAAGUCAAAUGUCGCUUCGACGACGGCAACAGUGGGUGCGCAUUCUGUACCUCGAUUGGCAUCCCAUGCACCACCGCUCCGCGCCAGCGACACCGGACCAAGGCGGGCCGCAAGAGCGCCCAGACGUCCACCUCGGCUAGCACCUCGUUGUCUGCGUUCGACGACGCCUUUGCUGGAUGUGCGAGGGCAGCACCGCGCGUCGCUCCAUCACGCGACGGCUCUCCACCACGAAGAAUCAGCGCAUCACCACUAUCACCCUCACCCUUGGAAGACUCGGAACCGACUGGCGACCCGACUGGUGACCGCGGACUAUCCCAUCUUCCGCGCGGCCGCCGAUCAAAUACUCGCGCACGCCUCCUCGGUGUCCCGGGCCUCACGCGAGCAGCACUCGAUUCCUGCUUCGAAAGCUUCUUCGGUUCUAUCGGGCAAGUGAUCCGCGUCUCUGAGCCGCAAGACCUGUUUCUGCGCCGCGCUCGCGUACGCCUCUACUACGCGGCGGGACUAGAUGUACCGGCCGAGCUUGCUGAUGUUGCGCACAACCCGGCAACUGAGCUGCUCGUUCUUGCUGUGGCCUGCCGCGGCGCACCGUUUGGCCAGUACGCAUACCUCGCCGAGCCAAUCUACAACCGGUGUUGCGAGCUUGUGCGCAUCCCCGAAACCCUAAUGAGGAACGGAUGCGAUGUCGUCGAAUCCCUCCUGCUACUAUCUGAGCUGAGCGUACGUACGCGCAACGACAAGCUGGGCGAACGCACGUCACCAUGCACCAUCGACCCGCUUGGUAAGGGCGCGGUCAUCGACCUCCUCUUCUACCACGGCUUGCACAUCCCUCCCCCACAACACGCACCUGACUUUACCCGCCGCCUUAUCAUCCACGCGACAGCAUGGGUCCACGACGCGAUCCGAAGCGCGAGCGCACAUACCAUGACCCGGAUCAGGGAUGACGACACUGGCUGGCCCAUGCCGGCCAACAGCGACGACUUUGCAUACGUCCCACUCACACUGGUCACUCGCCAGAUCUGCCGGACGCUACUGAGCGCGCGUGCCAGGGGCCUCGGGCUGCGUGACGCCGACGUCGCCGACACCCUUGCGGCCAUCAGCAGCCUCAGGUCCCGCACGGGGAUUAGCGUCGACGGCCUCACGGCCGUUGUCGAUGCGGGAAGAGGCAAGGCCUCGAUGCCCCGCGAUGGCGCUCGCCCCAUCAGCCACACCGAGUAUGUGUGGCUCCUGUCCACCCACUACUGGUUGUACCUCGUCACCUGGGUUGCCGUGCAGGAGGACAUGGACCGACAUCCUGGCGGCUUGAGUCUCGGGACAAUUGCCGACGUCAGGUCUGCGACCACCGCAGCGUGUGAGGACAUGGCCCGUCUUGCCCAACUAAGCACCACUCACCAGCUACACGUGCACGCCACCCGAGGGGUACGCAACCACUUUGCCGCGUUCACCCUUUUCCUCGUCCGCGACUUUGCCAGUAUUGCAAGCGCCAGUGUUGCCCAGAGCCACCAGUACUACGCGCUCGCCGAGACGCUCAACCACGGCGUCCGCAGCGCCACCUUCUACCCUGACUCCGCCAAGCUUGCCGACACGCUCCUCAUGAUUCUACACAAGGGGUUGCGCGUCGAGCUCCGCGACGCUGCGCGCGUCGCAGAGCGCGGACUGGACGCACUUGCAAACGUCUCGUCUCUCCGCGAGAAGCGCCCAUCGUCGCUCAAAGUGUCAACUACUGAGAGCGUGCCGUACGAGUUUCCGCGCGAGUCAAUCAGCCCCGCCAUCCAGGUCAUCAAUCCGCCACCGGACGACCUGCAUAAUGGGGGCUCACGGGCGGGCAGCUCGCAGCGGGGGAGCGCGGCGCCCUAUACGCCACGCCAGGACGGCAUGCUCAACCCCGGCUCGGCGUCAUCGUGCUCGGCGCCAUGGUCGCCUCCAACACCGACAUUUCCUACUCAACCCGGCGUGAGUGCGGCACACAGCACUGUCAUCUCGAACCAAGCUCUGCAUCCGACGACCACACUGCCGUUCCCCACUGCUGGGACAAAUACUAUGCCCAAUGGUCCUCCAAUCGCUCGAGGACCGUUCAUGGCACCACUAGACGUACAACUCGGCCUACCGGAUACGAGCCCUCUCGGCGGCACCAGCGUCGACCUCGACUGGUUCUCGCUCAUGAACACGCUGAUGGAAUGCGGUAUCGAUCUUCCCGGCACACUCUCCGAAAUCCCAUAA